CUGCCCCUUCCCUCCCCGCGGCAGGGGGAUGGCUGCCCUGGACCCGCGGCGGGCCGAGGGCGCUGGCGGGGCCCCCGGGAACCCAUCUUAUUGCAGAGCGCUCGGCGGGCUCUGAGCUUCGGGCCCCAGACCACAUCCUGGAGAGAGCAGGGCCUGCUCCUGGCUAUGUUCGGGAACGUCCGAGGGCAGUCUCAGAAUGCCUGCAGUGGGUGUUACCCGGUGACCCCAGGGGUCCUGGCCGGGAUCAUUCUGGGAGACCUCACCCUGACGCUGCUCAUCGCUCUGGCCGUGUAUUACCUGGCCAGAAUGGUAUCCCGGCCCCAGGGAGCUGCCGGAGCUGCCGGAGACGCUUCACGGAAACAGCGGACCACAGAGACCGAGUCGCACUAUCAGGAGCUGCAGGGCCAGAGAUCUGACGUCUACAGCGACCUCAACACGCAGCGACGCUACUGACCCCGGCCCCCACGCCCCUCCCGUCGAGACCGGAGAUCCGUCAGGAAUCCUCACCAACCGCCCGGAGCCGUAGAUGGACCCCUGCCCGCACGACCGCCGAACCCCCAGUACCCCACUAGUUGCCACUUGCUCCCGCGCCCCAAUAAAUGAAUUUAAAUAAUUA